CCUACAUCAAUAUGAACUGGAGACAGCUAUAAGCUUCAGUUGCAAGCACCGCUCGGUACUGCUCUGCACUUUUCCACAAUGGAACUUAGCAGAAAUCAGCAUUUUCUGGAGUGCCCAAAAGGGAUAUUGAGGAUUUGAACCAUUUCAGAACUAGAAGAAUGCGAAUGGAGAAGACAGAUUACAUGCAUAAACAGCCUGAAUGUGGAAUACAAACCCUGGCAAAAAAACAAACAGAAGAUGUGUCUUUGGAUUUAUUGCCAUGAAAUAGGGUCUGGAUUCCUGCUGAUUGGACCGUUAAUAUAACCAAUAACAGGCACAACGAUUUUCAUAGUGAACUUUAAGAAGCAUUGAGAAAUUUUUCAAGUGCUUGAAGAUUCUAAUGGCUGUCAAAUGUAUAACUCCAGUGAUAAAAUCAUAUUUUAAACUCAUCCCAGAUCAACACAAACCAUGGCAAUUAGCCUUUGCAGAUGAGAAAGUUCAAAGAUUUAUUUUGAGGAAACAUUAUAGUUUAGUUCUCAGAUAUUUGUGCAAAAUAACACUUUCCCACUAUUUAAUUAAUAAGAAACCAUGCUGGGAUGUAUAAAAAAAAAAGUUUAUUUUUAGUGAAACAUUAUUGCUGCACAAUUUUACAUCAUAUAAUCCAGCAUUAAAUAUUAUCACUAUCAAUAUAUUAUCAAUAUUGUUUAAUUAACACAAAUUUGAAAUAUAUUCUUGAAACUGUUGGGUUUUAAGAAGAAAAUAUGCAUAACUUUAAUGCUAAUAAUACAAAUUGAAUGUAUUUAUUUUUUUAAAUGAACCAACCAAUUAAAACAAGAUUUACUUAAAUCAAAAAUAUACAUAAACUCAAAUCUACAAAUAAAUUUAAAGUAUUCAAGACAAAAAUGAAUUUUUAUAACCAAACUCUGGACACACAGCUGAACAUUGUGCCAGAGAUCUUGGUAAAUUUGUCUGGGACAGAUACAGAAUGGGAUGAAUCAACAGUAUUAGGAACAAAAAUCACUCUUUCACUGCUUUUAUCAUUAUUAACACUAGCAACACUUCUUUCAAAUAUUUUUGUAAUCAUUACUAUAUAUAUGACUCGAAAGCUUCACACCCCAGCAAAUUAUUUGAUUGGUUCAUUAGCAUUUACAGAUUUAUUGGUGUCUAUUUUAGUGAUGCCUUUAUGUAUCGUCUACACUGUAAAUCGCUCGUGGUCAUUUGGUCAAGUAAUAUGUGACAUUUGGCUGUUAUCGGAUAUCACCUGUUGUACAGCUUCCAUACUCCAUCUCUGUGUUAUUGCAUUAGACAGAUACUGGGCCAUCACAGAUGCACUGGAAUAUUCUAAGCAUCGUACAGCAGGGAGAGCAGUUGCAAUGAUUUCAGUGGUGUGGGUAAUAUCUAUAUGCAUCUCCAUCCCACCACUCUUUUGGAGACAAGCCAAAGCUCAAGAAGAACUGGAUUGUUCCAUCAACACAGAUCAGAUUUCUUAUACUAUAUACUCUACCUUCGGUGCAUUCUACAUUCCUACAAUAUUGUUGAUCAUAUUAUAUGGAAGAAUAUACGUAGCAGCAAGGACACGAAUUCUUAAACCACCAUCCAUUUAUGGAAAGAGAUUUACCACUGCUCAGUUAAUCACUGGCUCAACCGGGUCAUCUUUCUGUUCAGUUAAUGUAACCUCUCAUGGAGGUCAUCCGCACACUGGAGUAUCUCCAGUGUGUAUCAACCAUAUCAAGAUAAAACUUACAGACAGUGUUCUGGAAAGGAAGAGGCUGUCUGUAGCCAGAGAAAGAAAAGCCACAAAAACUCUUGGAAUAAUUCUCGGGGCUUUCAUUGUAUGCUGGUUGCCUUUCUUUGUGGUGUCUCUGGUUUUACCUAUAUGUAGAGAGGCUUGCUGGUUCCAUCCAUUAUUAUUUGAGUUGUUCACUUGGCUGGGAUAUUUUAACUCUCUUAUCAACCCUGUAAUAUACACAGCUUUCAAUGAAGAUUUUAAACAAGCUUUUCAAAAACUUAUAAGGCUUAAGAAGCUUUCUUAGAACUUUCUGGAAUGUAAUCCCUGUCAUACGGAAGUGUGCGACGCUGCUAACUUCAUAAAUAUUGGUGGAAUGGAAAUGAAGAAAGACCAGUAAAAUGAUAUUGAACUUUACAGCUUUUAGUCAUGAAAAGCCAUCACAUCCAUCCCAGGAAUGUUAUUAAAAACAAAACAUAUUUUAAGGAA